CAUAGGGCAAAAUCUGUGUUUCAUCCACACCUGCUCGGAAACUACACACCUUCCUAGCCUUCAACAACAAGCACUGACGGGAGAAAAAAGAAGAAAAAAACCUUGGGAACAUACUCAAACUAUACAAUGUCUGCCGAUGAGUGUAUAUCACAGAGUGAUUCCAAGGAAAUUCCUGUCUCCGGAAAUGAUAGUCAAGGUUCUUCUAAAACUGGUGAAUAUCAGACCGUAAACCUUCAUGACUCCAAAGACCAACCCAAUGGAGAUUGUUCAUUCUCUGUAAUGAAGAGAAACACAGGCAAUAAUCCUGCUAUACCACUGACGACUGGAGGUGUGCGACUCGCUCCAGCUCAGGAGCUGUGGAGCGCGGCCAGAGACAAGCCUGUCAAACUGAGGAUGGAGACAUCGGGACUCGGCUCAGAACCUCCGAUGACCAUCCAUCAGAUGUUCCUGGGUACAGUGCAGAAGUACGGAGACUAUCCUGCCCUCCGUGCAAAGAAGGAAGGAACAUGGGUCACUCUGACCUAUAAGGAGUACUAUCAACAUGCAAGAGCGGCAGCCAAAAGCUUUCUGAGCCUUGGCCUGGAGCGAUUCCAUGGAGUCGGCAUUCUGGGCUUCAACUCUCCUGAAUGGUUUAUAGCAGACGUCGGAUGUAUCCUAGCAGGGGGACUGGCCACUGGGAUAUACACAACUAACUCUCCAGAGGCCUGCCAGUAUGUCGCUGAUAACUGUGAAGCCAAUGUUCUGGUGGUCGAAAACAACAAACAACUGAUCAAAAUCCUCCAGGUCAGAGAUCAGCUGCCACAUCUGAAGGCUAUUGUUCAGUACAAGGGUGAACUGGAGCAGAAGUUACCAAAUGUCUAUACAUGGGCUGAAUUUAUGAAGUUGGGGGAGAGUGUCUCUGAAGCCGAGCUGGAUGCGCUGAUAGACAGUCAAAAGGCCAACGAGUGCUGCACAUUAAUCUACACAUCAGGCACCACAGGGAAUCCCAAAGGGGUCAUGCUCAGCCAAGAUAAUAUCACUUGGACAGCCACUGCAGCAGGUCUCAUGACCAAUCUGAAUAUGGCUGAGGAGGAAAUCGUGAGCUACUUGCCCUUGAGUCACGUGGCAGCCCAGGUCCAUGACAUGUGGAUCUGUAUGAGGUUUGCCGCCAUAACCAAUUUCGCCGAGCCAGAUGCCCUGAAGGGCUCCUUGGCCAACACUCUGAGAGAUGUGCGUCCCACAAGCUUUUUGGGAGUUCCCCGAGUUUGGGAAAAAAUGCAGGAAGCAAUGAAAUCUGCUGGUGCAAAGUCGUCCGUUACGAAGAAAAAGAUUGGAGACUGGGCCAAGGGGAUCGGACUUCAAGCUAGCUAUAAUGCCAUGAAUGGUGAUUCCUCAGUGCCGUGGGGCUUCACGUUGGCGAAUGCCCUUGUUUUCAAGAAUGUAAGAAAAGCUCUGGGCCUCGACCGCUGUAAGGCCUGUUACACAGGUGCAGCUCCCAUCACCAAAGACACACUGGAGUACUUCAUGAGUCUUUACAUCACCAUCUUUGAGCUGUACGGCAUGAGCGAGAGCACUGGACCUCACUCCGUCUCCUGUGCCGAGGGUUAUCACAUUAUGAGUUGUGGUAAAGUGUUGACUGGCUGCAAAACUAAGUUAGACAAGCCGGAUACAGAUGGAACCGGUGAGAUCUGUUUCUGGGGGAGGCAUGUGUUUAUGGGAUACCUGAACAUGCCAGACAAGACUGAGGAGGCACUGGAUGCAGACGGGUGGCUUCACUCAGGAGACCUGGGCAAACACGACAAAGAUGACUUUCUGUACAUCACCGGCAGGAUAAAAGAAUUAAUCAUUACUGCUGGUGGAGAAAAUGUACCACCCGUCCCCAUUGAGGAUGCCCUAAAGGAGGAGGUGUCAAUCGUCAGCAAUGCCAUGCUGGUUGGGGACAAAAAGAAGUUUCUCUCUAUGCUACUCACACUCAAGUGUAACGUUGAUGACAAUGGAGACCCCACAGAUGAGCUGACUCCAUUAGCGGUGGAGUUUUGUCGGCAGCAUGGUGUAAUUGCCAGCAAAGUCUCAGAAAUCAUUAACAAAAAAGAACCGGCCAUUUACAAAGUCAUCCAGGAAGGCAUAGACUGCGUAAAUGCCAACGCCACAUCCAAUGCCCAGAGAGUCCAAAAGUGGACCAUCCUCUCAAGAGACUUCUCCGUGUCUGGCGGAGAACUUGGUCCAACCAUGAAGCUCAAAAGGCCUGUUGUCAGUAAAAUGUAUCAAGAAGAAAUAAACAAAUUUUAUAGUGAAUAACAGAAGAACCAAAAUGAAACUGUGGGAAUUCAAUUGCAGACUACAACGGGAUCAUAUUCUUUUGCCACUGAUCAGUAAUCUGUAUUUUGCUCACUCCAGGGCUUCCAGUGGACCUCACUAUUAUAACAUCUCAUUGGUCUAAGUCAGACUUUACAUUAUUUUAUACCAAUAGAUUUGUUAGCUUCGGCAAAGUUGCAAUUGAUCAGUUUUAUAGCUAUUUGUCAUUAUAACUGGUUCUGUAUAUUCUGUACAAUAUAUGAAAUCAGAGUUGAUUGUAUGUAAAUGAUAUUACUAUGCAAUUACUGUGCAUAUUACUGUUGUUACAACCGGCAUGUGAAGUCAAUUUGUCUAAAUAGACAAAGUUUUAGAUUGAAAAUAGGUUUAGAUUGAGUCUCAUAUGAUCUGUAGAGGAUAAUAGACCUGCUGUUGCUUGCAUAUUGAGUAUUGUUAGUACUUCAGACAGUUACAGCGUAACUGUAAAGAAAUGUGGGACAAUUGUUUGUUCUCUUGCUGUUCACAAUUCACCCAGCACAUUGAGUAUUGGAAAAAAAAACUGAAUUGUGAGAUAAAAACUCAGAAUUAUAUUUUGCAUUUAAAAAAAAAAAAAAAAAAAAGUGAGAUAAAAAGGUGAAAACAGGAUUCCAUACUUCCUGUAUACAUCACUGGCAGAAUAAAUUUAAUGUGCAACAGUGCCCAUCCACAGAGCACCCUGAAUAUUCAUGAGAACGGAGAUUGUUUUGAAGUAUAGAAGUAAAUAAUAAAUUAUUAUUAAUAACUAUUAAACUCCAUUGAUACUCCAUGUGAUAAUCUAUUUUUUUUUCUUUAUCUACAUUUCUGGGAUAUUUGGUAGUGUGAGUAGGCACAGGGAAACCUCGUGAUGAUAUGCCUGUGUGCGUCUGUUCCCAAACAAAACAAAAAUCAUCUCUCUGAUGAGGCACAACACUGUAGGCACUGUGGUUUAACCCCACCCCGCCCCUCAGGGAUUGUUUAUAUUGUCUUCGAACCAGUUUUGAAGUUAUCCAGAAAUACAAGCAAGAAACCUCAUCCCUUCAUAAAAGCGUUUUCUUUUGUUCACUUUUUUCAGACAGUUUCAUUGAGACUGAUCUUGUUUGUGUUCUGCAUUACCAAUUGUUGGAAGUUCUUUUAUAACAAUUGAACAUAUCUGGUGUCACAUGCAGCUGUUGAAGCCAAUGAACCGUAAGUAAAGUAUCUCCUCUGAUACAGAAGAUAUGUGAAGUAUGCAAAGUAGCUGAGAGAUUAGUUUUUGGAUAUACAAUGACAUCGAAGUAAAUUUACAGCUCUUAAUCAUUAUUCUGCCUAUUUUUAUGCAACUACUGUUUCUUUUCACUGUUCAUAAAAGCCCCCCCCCCCCCCCAAACACACACUUUUUCUUCCAAGCUUGUACUAUUCUGAACACUGUCUGAAACUUUGUAUCAGCACUCGUAAUAUGUGUUUUUGCCUCUUUAAAAUGAAUCACUAUAGUCUUCAUUUUUAUGACGCCUUGUAAAGCAGUGUUUGCUAAAUGAAUAAAUGCAAAUGUCAAAACA